AUGGUGCGUAUUUUGGUGGGUGUGUUGGCGCUCCUGAUCGCCCAUGUGGGCGCUGACUUCAAGGAGUUUAAAGUGACUCCGAAACAAGUUGCUGAUCCAACAUUUCUACAACGUCAGAUAGAUCUGUAUAAACUGUACACUCACAUUAAUGAACCUAUUUAUGACAAAGAACUGAAAUCUAUUGCUGAGACAUGGGACUUGGAAAGAAAUAUCGAGAAAUUCGAAAAUGUAACUGCUGGGAAAUUAUACUUGAAAUUAAAAGAAUAUGACAUGUUUUUGCCUCGCACAGUUCCAUUUAACAUUCUGGAGCCUAGACAACAGUUUGAGGCAGUAACUCUAUUCAACUUCUGGCACUCAGCGAAGGACUAUGAAACUCUGUACAAAACAGCAGUCUACCUACGAAACCGCAUUAAUGAGGGUCUAUUCGUUUAUGUUUUGUCUGUGGUGAUAAUGCACUACCCAGAAACGCAGGGAAUUGUCAUUCCGCCAAUUUAUGAUAUCUUUCCUUCAUAUUUCCACAACGCGGAAAUUAUGUACAUUGCUCAACGGGUUAAUACACAUGGACAGAAAUUCGUUAAGCGUUACCCACAGACGUAUAUUUGGGAGGAUAAUGUUGUAAUUAAAUGGAAUACAACGCUGUGGCCAUAUUUAGACGGAAACUACGCUCCCGUUUCAUACUACUUAAACGAUUAUGCUUUGAACACCCUCCACUAUAACAACCACCUCACAUAUCCCUUCUGGAUGAGCGGUAAAAAGGACCCUCUGUUGAAGUUUAGGCGUGGAGAAAUCUUUUGGUUUAUUAACAAACAGUUCACAAAUCGCUACUAUUUGGAACGCCUUUCAAAUGGCCUGGAUGAGAUUCCUGAGGUCAACUUUGAUUUAGUUCCUGAAGGAUAUUCGAGUGGUCUAGUACAUUACAACGGUGUUCCAUUACCUGUGAGACCAGACUAUUUCUACCUUUCCCAACCAAGACUCAUCAAAUACGUUGAAAAGGUUAAAUUACUAGAAAGACGUAUUCGUGAUGCCAUCGAGAUUGGAUACCUGGUUAACGUGAAGGGAGAGAAAAUCAAUUUAAGAACUCCAGACGCUAUUGACGUUCUUGGAAAAGUAAUAGAAGGAAAUGUCGACUCUCCUAACAUCUUGUAUUACGGAAGCAUACUGACAGCUUGGAAAGAGCUACUAGGGAACUCAAUCAUGACUAAAUAUAAGUAUUGGAAUGGUCAGGUGCCACUAGUUCUUCCUUCUGCUCUCGAAUUGUACCAAACAGCUCUUCGCGAUCCCGCUUUCUAUAUGAUCUGGAAACGCAUCCAGAAUCUGUUCACCCUGUGGCAAACUUACCUUCCCGUGUACAUGCCUGAAGAGUUAGCUUUCCCAGUCAACAUCCAGAAAGUGGAAGUUGAUAAACUUGUGACUUACUUCGAAUACACGUAUCUUAAUGUCACAAACGCCUUGCCUAUGAACGAGUUUGAAAGUAAAGUCAAAGCAGAUGAGGUCAGUGUUUUAGUACAACGUCCUCAGCUGAACCACAAACUGUUUAAGGUUCGCGUUCAUGUCAAGAGUGACGCUCCAAAGACAGUCGUUGUAAAGUUCUUCUUGGCACCUAAAUAUGAUAGCAAAGGUUACGAAAUUCCUUUACAUGAGAACACACAGAACUUCUUCCAGUUCGACCAGUUCCUUUAUGAUUUGCCACAGGGAGAAUCUGUAAUUCAACGUGACUCGAACGGCAAUACGUAUAUGAUCGACAAGUGGAUGUCUGGUUAUGAUAUAUACAGGAAGGCUCACAACGCGCUUCACGGAAACGGACAGUUUGUUAUUGAUCAUAGUAACUUCUUUGAUGGUUUCCCGCGUCGCUUGAUGCUUCCUAAGGGUCGCGUUGGUGGCAUGCCUUUCAAGUUCCUAGUGUUCAUUAAUGAAUUCCAUGCACCACAAGCUCCAUUUGGCAAAGGAGUCAACCCUGAGAAUACAUGCGGUAUCGGUACCGGUGCUUUCAGAAUGACCGCCUAUUCACUACACUUCCCCUUGGACAGACCUUUGCACGAGUGGCAGAUCAAGAAACUGACGAACUUACGCAUCCAAGAGGUGCAAAUCACACACAAACCCACGCCAGAAAUUAUACCGGCGAGGGUAGAAGCACAGUUGCCUUCUGGUCUGAGCACGAUGAAGACUGUCGUCGUUUUAGCUUGCCUGGCUUUCGCCAUGGUCGGGGCCUCCGUGGUCCCACCAAAGACCGCCUACAAAACCAAACCUGUUGAGACUGACUUCGUAACGAAGCAGCAACAGAUCCUGAAGCUGUUCUAUCACCCAGAGCAAGUUAACCCCGAGGCUGAGUACUACAAAAUUGGCAAGGACUACGACAUCGAGAAAUGCAUCGAGGACUACACCAACAAGAAGGCCGUCCAGGAGUUCUUGGAACUGUGGAAGACUGGAUUCAUGCCCAAGAAUGUUCCUUUCUCAAUCUUCUACGAAAGACAGAGGGAGGAAGCUGUAGCUCUAUUCCACAUUAUGUUCUACGCUAAGGACUUUGACACCUUCUGGAAAACCGCUGCAUUCGCACGUGUCUACAUUAACGAAGGCCAAUUCCUGUACGCUUACUACAUCGCCUUACUCCACCGUGCUGAAACCAAAGGAGUUGUCGUCCCUGCACCUUACGAGGUCUACCCUGAACUGUUCACAAACUCCAACGUAUGGUACAAAAUCUUCCGCGCAAAGAUGCAGAACGGAGUUUUCACCCCUGACUUUGGAACUGAACACGGCAUCGUUCAAGAAGGAGACCGUUACGUUGUCUACUCGAACUACUCUGACUACUUGACUUACCACACCGACGAAUACAAAAUCUCCUACUUCAUGGAAGAUAUCGGCCUUAACGCGUACUACUACUACUUCCACUCAUACUUCCCAUUCUGGAUGGACGGCGACCUCUACCCAGUCAUGAAGGAACGUCGUGGAGAAGUUUACUACUACUUCUACCAGCAGCUAUUAGCCCGCUUCUACCUGGAACGUCUGUCCAACGGAUUAGGUGAAGUUCCUGACUUCGCUUGGUGGCACCCGAUCAGAAGUGGCUACAGCCCAUACGUCAACUACUUCUCAUCGUUCGUCCAGAGGCCUGCCAACUACCCCAUCCCAGAGAAAUAUGACGAAGAAUUGCAGCUUCUUGACACUUACGAGAAGACUUUCAUCCAGUACUUGGAACAAGGACACUUCAAAGCUUUCAACCAGGAUGUCGACCUACGCAACUCCAAGUCUAUCAACUUUGUUGGAAACUUCUGGCAAGCUAACGCUGACUGGCACGGCAAAGUUGGACGCAAGGACAACCACAACUCAUAUGAAGUCACUGCUCGUCGUAUCUUGGGCGCUGCUCCUGAACCUGUUGACAAGUAUACCUUCGUACCGACGGCACUUGACUUCUACCAGACAUCUCUGCGUGACCCAGCAUUCUGGCAGCUGUACAGCAAGAUCCUCAAGUACUUCAUUGAAUACAAGAAAUUCUUGACUCCCUACACCCAAGACAAUCUGCACUACGUUGGAGUUAAGAUCAACGACGUUAAGGUUGACAAAUUGAGCACUUUCUUCGAAUACUACGACUUCGAUGUAUCAAACAACGUGUUCUACAACCAGGAUGAACUUAAGACCGGAAAGAUGCCAUACUUCACAGUUCGUCAACCCCGUAUUAACCACAAACCUUUCAACGUGGAAGUUGAUGUCAAAUCUGACGUUGAAGGCGAUGCAGUAUUCAAAUUCUUCCUGGGACCUAAAUACGACAGCAAGGGCUACCCCAUCAGCUUGGAAGACAACUGGCAGAACUUUGUUGAGUUGGACUGGUUCGUACAAAAGUUGCAAAAGGGACAGAACAAGAUCAAGCGUUCAUCCAACGACUUCUUCUUCUACAAAGAAGACUCUGUACCUACUUAUGAGAUUCUUAAGCUCCUCCCCGAAGGCAAGAUACCCACCGAUAUGUCCAUUGAAUCUGGUGCUUUCCCCAAGAGGCUCCUCUUGCCUAAGGGUCACAAGGGUGGCUUCCCAUACCAAAUCUUCGUGAUGGUCUACCCAUACAGCCCGGCUGAGAAGAAAUUCGACUCCAUCAAGGCAUUCGUUUGGGACAACAAGCCUUUGGGCUAUCCAUUCGACCGUCCAGUUCACGAGGUUUACUUCAAGCAACCCAACAUGUUCUUCGAAGAUGUAGAGGUAUACCAUGAAGGAGAAGAGUUCUCUUACAAGUACAACAUUCCUUCCUACACAGCUCACUACAAUGAUGUGGCUAAGCACUAAGAGGAGAGAGAAAUAAUGUUACAUAUGUAUUUUAAUAUAUUCUAUAUAUCUAUAUAUAUAAAUAAUAAUAAUAUAAUAUAAUGUAAUACCGUUUAGUUCAAAUAAAAAACGGUGUAAAUUUAAAUAACAUUUAUUAUUUUAAUCCUUGAUCCCUAGUAUAGACACUAUAAUAUUAAAAGAACAAAUAAAGUUAUUUGUUAAUA